UACUGCGUGAAGUGGAUCAGCUGGAAGGGCGAGAGGACGCCGGUCAUCAUGCAGAGCGAGAACGGCCCCUGCCCACUGCUGGCCAUCAUGAACAUCCUCUUCCUGCAGUGGAAGGUGAAGCUGCCUGCCCAGAAGGAAGUGGUCACUUCGGACGAGCUGAUGGCUUACCUCGGGGAUUGCAUCUUGUCCAUCAAGCCCCAGGACCAAGCUGAGGCCGUCCAGCUCAACUUCCAGCAGAACGUCAAUGACGCCAUGAUGGUCCUUCCCAAGCUCUCCACGGGGCUGGACGUCAACGUGAGGUUCACCGGGGUCGCCGACUUCGAAUACACACCCGAGUGCCUCGUGUUUGACCUCAUGAAUGUCCCCCUUUAUCACGGCUGGCUGGUGGACCCCCAGACCGCCGAGGUGGCCCAAGCUGUCGGCAAGCUGAGCUACAACCAGCUGGUGGAAAAAAUUAUCACUUGUAAACACUCCAGCGACCCAAACCUGGUGACGGAAGGCCUGAUUGCGGAACAGUUUUUAGAGUCCACGGCAUCGCAGCUCAGCUACCACGGGCUGUGCGAGCUCACGUCCACGGUCAAGGAAGGCGAGCUGAGCGUCUUCUUCCGAAACAACCACUUCAGUGCCAUGAUCAAGCACAAGAGCCACCUCUACCUGCUGGUGACCGACCAGGGUUUCUUGAACGAAGACCAGGUGACCUGGGAGAGCCUGCACAACGUGGACGGCGACAGCUGCUUCUGCGACGCCGAGUUCCGCCUGAGCCACGCGCUGGGCAAGGAGGCGUCGGGGGGCUCCCCGGUGGAUCAGAGGCAAGUGGACCAGGACUACAUGAUUGCCCUGUCUCUCCAACGCCAGCAAGGGGGUCCCGCCCUGAGCGAUCUGGAGCUGGCGCAGCAGCUACAGCAGGAGGAAUAUCAACAGCCCCCACCGCCAGCCCCCUUGCCCUCCCCAGCACAGGGGAGAAGCCCACCAGCCCACCGCCCUACUGGAGAGCGCAGACAGCGGCCGAAGGUGGACACGGACUGCACCGUCCUCUGA